GCCCCCUGCGCGUGGCCCCGCCCACAGCUGCUCCUGGCCGUGCGGCCUCGCGGAAAGCGGAGGCCGGGGGCGGGGCUCACCCCUUGCCCUUGGGGGUCCCCCGGGCUCUGCCAAUCAGCGAGCGCCCUGUUGGCCGUCCGCAGCCAUCCGCGCCCCUCCCUCUCCCGCCCUCCUCCGCGUUCCAGAAUCCAAGAUGGCGGGAUCCAGGCAAAGGGGUCUCCGGGCCAGAGUUCGGCCGCUGUUCUGCGCCUUGCUGCUGUCACUCAGUCGCUUCGUCCGGGGCGACGGCGUGGGAGGAGACCCCGCGGCCGCGUUGCCACAUCGCCGUUUCGAGUACAAAUACAGCUUCAAGGGGCCGCACCUGGUGCAGAGCGACGGGACCGUGCCCUUCUGGGCCCACGCGGGGAAUGCUAUUCCAAGUUCAGAUCAAAUUCGAGUAGCACCAUCUUUAAAAAGCCAAAGAGGCUCAGUGUGGACAAAGACAAAAGCCGCCUUUGAGAACUGGGAAGUUGAGGUGACAUUUCGAGUGACUGGAAGAGGUCGAAUUGGAGCUGAUGGCCUAGCAAUUUGGUAUGCAGAAAAUCAAGGCUUGGAGGGCCCUGUGUUUGGAUCAGCUGAUCUGUGGAAUGGUGUUGGAAUAUUUUUUGAUUCUUUUGACAAUGAUGGAAAGAAAAAUAAUCCUGCUAUAGUAAUUAUAGGCAACAAUGGACAAAUCCAUUAUGACCAUCAAAAUGAUGGUGCUAGUCAAGCUUUAGCAAGUUGCCAGAGGGACUUUCGUAAUAAACCCUAUCCUGUCCGAGCAAAGAUUACCUAUUACCAGAAAACAUUGACAGUAAUGAUCAAUAAUGGCUUUACACCAGAUAAAAAUGAUUAUGAAUUUUGUGCCAAAGUGGAAAAUAUGAUUAUCCCUGCACAAGGGCAUUUUGGAAUAUCUGCUGCAACUGGAGGUCUUGCAGAUGACCAUGAUGUCCUUUCUUUUCUGACUUUCCAGUUGACUGAACCUGGAAAAGAGCUGCCCACACCAGAUAAAGAAAUUUCGGAAAAGGAAAAAGAAAAGUAUCAGGAGGAAUUUGAGCACUUUCAACAAGAAUUGGAUAAAAAAAAAGAGGAAUUCCAGAAGGGCCACCCCGACCUCCAAGGGCAGCCUGCGGAGGAAAUAUUUGAGAGUGUAGGAGAUCGAGAGCUAAGACAAGUCUUUGAAGGACAGAAUCGUAUUCAUCUUGAAAUCAAGCAGCUGAACCGGCAGUUAGAUAUGAUUCUUGAUGAACAGAGAAGAUAUGUCUCUUCCUUAACAGAGGAAAUCUCUAAAAGAGGAGCAGGAAUGCCUGGGCAGCAUGGGCAGAUCACUCAACAAGAACUGGAUACUGUUGUGAAAACUCAGCAUGAGAUUCUGAGACAAGUAAAUGAAAUGAAAAAUUCCAUGAGUGAAACCGUCAGACUGGUUAGUGGAAUGCAGCACCCUGGCUCUGCUGGAGGCGUCUAUGAGACAACACAGCACUUCAUUGACAUCAAAGAGCACCUGCACAUAGUAAAGAGGGACAUAGAUAACUUAGUGCAGCGAAAUAUGCCAUCAAAUGAAAAGCCGAAAUGCCCAGAACUACCACCAUUUCCAUCAUGUUUGUCUACGGUCCACUUCAUUAUAUUUGUUGUGGUGCAAACUGUAUUAUUCGUUGGUUACAUCAUGUAUAGGUCUCAGCAAGAAGCAGCUGCCAAAAAAUUCUUUUGACUACCAUUUUCCUGUGUACUUCAUCUAUUUGUGUACAAAAUGAUGUCGUUUUGAGGGAAUUUAAGUAUUUAAAUUGCUUCAUAGUCUAAAUUAUUAAAUUUUUUAAAUAAAAUAACUGUUUAAACAUUGAUUUGCAGUUAAGAAUAAACCUUAAAGCAAAGACAACCACAUUUUAAUUUGUUCACAGUAUGUAAAUCUGUCUAAAUUUCAGUGAAUUUCUGGUCAGUAUGAUGCAGCCUCUGAGCAGAAUAUUGACCAGUAAGAGGGUAAAUAAAGUGGGGGCAACCCCUGGAUGUGAAUGUUACCCCCUAAGUCUCCAAUAUUGCAGGUUUCCCUGUAUAACGUAAACACACUUGCCCUCAUGCCUCCCAGAAUAUGAGGUCUAAUUAAGAAGUCCCAUCAGGUUUAUUUUGUAACCAAAGUCUUUUUUAGAGGUCAGACUUCCUAAUCAAAGGCCUGGGCCUGCAGUCCUUUCAUCUUAAUGCAACUUCCUUUGAAAUCAAAGAAUAUUUUGUCUGAGAGCUUUAAGGAUCUGGUAAUAGACUUCAAAAUGUUCAGUGAAUUUUUUUUUUCCUCUAUUGAUCAAUGAUAUAUUUCACUUUUAAAGGAAAUUUUAGAGGAAAAUUAAUAGCUGCUUUUUGCCUAAAAAACCUUGUGGGUGGAAACAUUCCUCUGAGAAUGGCUUUUAUAGGUAUUUUGCCUGGUAAUGUAUUCAUUCAUGAUUGCCCAUAUUCUUGAAUGUCUUCAUUCCAAUGGUGUCAGGUCAAUAUUAUGAAAAUAAUUUUUAUAUUUAUAUUUGUAACUUAAGGAAUUUAUUUCUCCCAUUUACUACAGCAUGUAAAUUCAGCUCAAAUUGCAUGAUCUGAGGAUUUAAAUUCACAAAACCUGCCACUACAUUCUGGUUUACAUUAGUUACUUCAUGCUGGCUGGGGUUAGUGACCAUUUGCAUACUCUUUUAAAUCAAGGAGGCUGUAGUAGAAGCAGUUUUAAGAUUCUUGAAGGCAAAAUUUGAAAAACAGUGAAUACUUCUAAUUGUUUCCUUUUAGUGCCAGAACUAAGGACAUUGUGAAGCACUUGUUAGUAAACUUAACCUUGAAAUGUCAGACUGGAAGGAGUUUUUAUAGUCUUUGUGCAUACUUCUAGGUAUUAUAGAAACAGUCUGUAAAUGACAUUUUAAGAUGCAAAUUUAAUUCUGUUCACAGCUGAUUUAUACUGAUUUUUGCUGCCUUCAAAAUACUCUUUUACUUCUUUUAGCUAAAAUGGUUGUCUUUCAUUUGCCAUAGAAUUCCAAACAAUACUAUCUUAUAAAAUAGUACUGUUGAAUUAUUCCAGGCCUCCCUAGGUUUGCUCUCAAAUGUCAUUUACAGAUUGGGCUAACGACCUAAAAUCUAUAUAUAAAGACUUUCUGAAGAACUCUGUAUUAUAGCAAUACCAAACGAGUGCUGUGUGUGCAAACAGUCUCGCAUUGCUUUUUAUGUUGAUAUUUAUCCUAGAACACUGAAAGAGAAUAUGCCAGUGAUAACUCACUUUACUUCAGUCAUUUCAACACAGAAAAUGCUUCUCUAGCAUUUUUCUUUUGUAGUGUUAACAUUUUGAAAUUCAUGUUUCAGAGGCUUCAUCGUCACAGAAUUUACUCUUGCUCCAUGAAAAAAAAUUAAAUACCUUCAGAGGAAUAUUUAAGUUGUAGACUAUGAAACUUGAGAAAUCCUCUUGAGAUAAAAGGCUGCCAAAUCCAGUAUUAUAAAGUCCAUGGUCAUAUGUGCCUGUGCAUUAAAGGAAUACCAGAUCUAUGCAGUAUACAUUUUUCAGGCUGAAAUUCAAGGGGAAUCAUUCUGAUUAUUCUUACUACAAAUGGAGAUGGCUAUUAUGAAACAGCAUGAGCAUGAGCCUUUUAUCUUUUAUACUUAGUGAUAUACUUUGCUUGAAAAUCACUCAGCAAAGUAGUUCACACGAUGUGUCUCAUAUUUGAAGUUUGGUUUUUCUCAAAAUCAUUGACUUUAAGGAGCUCAUUUCUGAACAAAAAGGUUUGCUCUGUGGAAAAAUCAAUCACUGCCAGGAUUCUUUCAUUUCUGUACUAUUUUGUAUAAUUGAAUUUGUUCACUUCUCUCACACCAGCAAGUGUUUUACAGGUGCCUUGGAUUAAAACAAAAUUGAUUUUAAAAUUUUUAUGUAAGUCAUUGUGUCUAUGAUGCCACUUUUAAAAGGAAAAUGCAAUUGCAUAAUGGCUAAUAUCCUUAUUUAAUGUACCUAUUUGUGUUCUAAUAAUUGUUUGAAUGUUUUAUUCAGCUUAAAACUUUACCAUGAAGUCAUAAACAGUAAACAAUGUUUUGUUAUGUAUUAAGGGGAUAUCAGUGUUUCUCAAAGUAUGAUCCAUGGACCAUCUGGGUCAUGGCGCCUGGUUUCAGACAACCUGAAUCAAAUCUUAGGGGUGGGGCUUUGGGAUGUCAUUGUUCAAUAGGCACCUCAGGAGAUUCUGAGCACACCAAUGUUUGAGAACCACUAAAAUGAGGAGUGGGAAAAAAAAUAGGUGUUUUGGUAAUUUAGAGCUGAGCUGAGAAGAUAAUAUAUUUUUAUUGUCAAUGACAUUAACAGAUAUGCACUGAUUCUUUUAUACCUACAAUUUACUUAAUGUUCCUUUUAUUAAAACGCGUGGUUCAUGAGCAACUACAGACUGAAUCCAGAUUAUUACCUGUUGCUUUCAGUAUUUUCGUGAUGGCUUUUAAUCUUAUGAAAUCAUCUUGAGAUCAUUCAUGGUCAAGCCGUGAAAACUCCCAUCUUCAAGCCUGCCUGCUAAAGCUUCUUUGCCUUCCUGAUUGUGAUUAUGGUAACAAUUUAUAUCAGACAGUUGUACUUUUUGAUAACUUAGGGAAAACAGAAAUGACUUGAACAAGGGAUUGCCUGCCUCACUGCAUUGCAGAGAUACAAUUUUUGUAAAGAACACAAAUAGCAGUUGUGAAUAUUAAGGUGUGAUUAUCUUUCCCUGUCCAUGUGCUUAUCAAAAGAAGAUAGUGAACAAAUGAUUAUAUUGAGGAUUUUUUUAAUUUAUAAGAUCUAAUGUGAAAUCCACACUUGGAACUUUUUAGAUCUGUCUGUUGCUUGUUUAAUAUAUUUCUUUUAUGACAUUACUUAAAGUUUAAAAGGGUUUUCUAUCCACUGUCAAUUUCAAUUGGAUAACAUUUUGUCAAGUUUUUUUUUCCUGAUUAUUUGAUGCUAGCUGGAAUUCAAGAAAUGGCAUUGACCUUAUUCAAAUAAAGAAAUAUUUUAGUAAA